AUGACGUCCGAUGUUCCCCGCCCGAAGCAAGAUCCAAAACGACAACAGGGUUUCCACGAGCCCUCCCCUAGUCUCUCACCUGCACAAGCCAUAGCAGAGGCAUGGCAGCGGGAGUCGUCGCAGAGUCAAGAGCUAUGGAGGCAAGCAGACUCAAAGGUUAGAGAACUCUAUUCAGCCCCGAGACCACAGGUACCACGGAAGGGGCAAAAUGGAAAGAUGUAA